AUGAACUGUGUGAUGUGCCGUCAGCCCACUGUAACGCCGUUUUCCACAUUGCAAAAGUUCAUAGUUUGUGUUUGCUUGCAGGAGCACUAUCAAUGUAUGAAAUGCGAUGUGGGACAGAAGUAUCAGUGUGGCUUGUGCGGACGCAUAACCUUUGUGAUCCACGUUGACCUGAGAUUCGCCAACGAUGAUUUGUGCGUGUCUGAGAUGGAGACCCAAAGCCUUGAUCAGACUAGUAAUGAUGGCAGCCAUGAUGAGGACAGUGCGUCCCAAGCGCUUUGGCAGAGUGAAACCGAAAGCAAUUUGAUCGCAAUGGAAAGUGGUCGGUCUCAUUCGCUUGAUUCAGCUAGGAGUUCCAUUAAUUUACCUCGAAGAAGGAGCAGUUCUCUGGAAUGUACAAGAGAUAGGCUUCCCGGAUUUGAACCUGCCAUUGAGCUGGAAGUUGACGAUGACAGACUGUGUCAUUUUAAGAGGUCUUCUAGACUCACAACACUUUUCAGAAGAGAAAACUAUCUGCCUUAUUUGGCAUGUUGUUCUACCAAAAUGUUUGAACCAAAGCAACGCACUCAAGAGCCUAAAGUUGCAGAUUUGGACUCCUAUGCCGCCGAAGAGAUGCGUUUGCUAAUGGGUUGUCCCUAUAGCGUAAGGAGACCCGUAGAUCUAGAGACUAGAGAAAUGGAAUCCAAUAAGGACAUACGAUUAUAUACUAAGGAAGAAAGACGCGCACGACUAGAUUAUAUUAACAAGGAAUAUAAAUACGCCCACCUACAGCAGAAAUAUUUGUUAUUUGGAUGCCAGUUUUUGACGAAACGGCGGCACAUGGAGUGGCUGACAUCGGAGCCUAAAUAUGAGUCACCCGACUAUGGUAUACCCCUCGUUCGGCGAGUUCUAUAUCCUUGCUCAAGUGCCAGUGAACCGCAUUCUGAAUCAAUCGAACUUCCGGAUGAUUUCAAUGAAAGUCCUCUGUUCAGUGUGUCAUUACCUUUUCCAUUUAUGCGCUUGGAAAAGUCACAAUUUCUAGCCAAUUGUCCGAAGCCAAGUUGCCAAGAAGCUCUCUAUAAGUACAACAUCACUUUUCAUCUGACACUCCAACACAAUGCCUGGAUAGUGAAGUACUUGCCAUUGAAAAAACCAUUCAGUUUUGAACUGGACUUGAAGGUUACAAGGUGGAACGUAAACUGUCAUGCUGUGAUACAACUGCAAAAUGUGCUUUUUGAAUAUUCCAGGCCUGGAGUUGAACUAUCCCUCACCAUAAUGAGUAGACAUGUGCAACUGAGUGAAAUCCUGGGGACUUGCGAAUCGGAUCAGCGACUAACAUUUAUUUGGGCGGCAACUACCAUCGCCAAUUGUUUUCCCUUGAAGGUGAACUUGACCUUGUGGCCAAAGGCAGGCAAAUCCACCGGUAGUACAAUAUCCUAUACCGGAAGUGCCUACGAUAUUAAGAGGUCCAUUCGACCCUUUGAUUUGAUCAAAAGUGGCAGGGUCAUUAUGCUAACGGCCAAUCAAGUGGAUGCACUUACUCAAAAGGGCAAGGAGAAGGUGGGCAUUCAGUUUGUGGCCAUGAUGGGACCAUACAAAACACUACAAAAUUGA